AUGAUUCAAUAUUCAUUCGUGAUCACUGUGUACAUUUCAAUUCAUCUUUCAUAUUGUUUGCACACACAAACAAAUGUGACAAAUCAUUUGGCAUUGUUAUCCUCAUGUGAGCAGUGCUGGAAAUGCAGCACAAAUAUGCAUUGCAACUACGCACAAUGGAUAGGCAAAUUGGGACUGCCAGAGGAGACAUUCUCACAAAACCACUGGUUGAAGAUAGUCCGAACGAAAUCAGACUGCCUUACUGAAUGCCGAUCUCAUCCACAGUGUAAUCUCUACACAUAUCAAAUU